AUGCUCGGCAACUUCAGCUUCGGUGAUUACUUCAAGCAGGAGGCUUGCCAGUGGGCCUGGCAGCUGGCCACGCAGGAGUUCGGCAUACCAGAGGAGCGCAUCUGGGUGAGCGUCUUCCGCGACGACGAUGAGACGUACGCCAUUUGGAAGGACCAGGUGGGAGUGGCACCGGAGCGCAUACAGCGGCUGGGCGAGGAGGACAACUUCUGGGCGAGCGGGCCCACGGGGCCGUGUGGGCCGUGCAGCGAGCUCUACUAUGACUUCCACCCUGAACGCGGCAUUGAGGGGGCGGACCUGGGCGACGACUCGCGCUUUAUCGAGUUCUACAAUCUGGUCUUCAUGGAGAGCAACCGGCGUGACGACGGGGCGUUGGAGCCGCUGCGCUGCAAGAACAUCGACACGGGGCUCGGCCUCGAACGCCUUGCGCAGAUCCUGCAGCAGGUGCCGAGCAACUACGAGACGGACCUCAUCUUCCCCAUCGUGCAGCGCGCUGCAGAGCUGGCGGGUGUGGACUACCACAGCGCGGACGACGACACCAAGCGCAUGCUCAAGGUGAUAGGCGACCAUGCGAGGGCGGUGGUGCACCUGGUGGCGGACGGUGUGUCGCCCUCCAAUCUCGGCCGCGGCUACGUUGUGCGUCGCCUCGUGCGCCGCCUUGUGCGCACCGCCAGGCUGCUCGGCAUCAACGCCAGCACCGCCAUUCACACCGCCACCGACAAUGGCAAUGGCAGUGCUGCAGGGGCAGGCGACUCUGCGUUCCUGCCCAUCAUCGCGCGACAGGUGAUAGCGAUGAGCGGGGACAUCAACAGCAACGUGGGGGAGCGAGCAGAGCGAGUGGUGGAGGAGCUGCGGCGCGAGGAGGAGCGGUUUGUGGCCACGCUGGAGCGAGGGGAGAAGAUGCUCGACUCCCUGCUCUCCCAGGCGCUCGCCCAUGCUGCUCAUGGCGCUGCUGGUGCCGCCGUCAGUGCUGCUGCUGCAGGGGAGGGGGCGGGGAGUCCGGCGGGUGCGGUGCUGAGUGGGCGGGAUGCGUUUGUGCUGUACGACACGUAUGGGUUCCCCGUGGAGAUCACAGAGGAGGUGGCGCGGGAGAGGGGCGUGGCGGUGGACAUGGCGGGCUUUGAGGAAGAGAUGGCGGCACAGCGCAGGCAGUCGCAGGCGGCGCACAGUGCGAUCAAGCUGGCGGUGGGCGGGGCAGCAGCGGACCUGGCGGGGCAGGUGCCCGAGACGGAGUUCGUGGGGUACCACUCCCUCGCGUCCUCCUCGCCCGUGCUGGCGCUCGUGGUGGGCGGCAAGGUGGUGGAGCGCGCAGCAGCGGGGCAGGCAGUAGACGUGGUGCUGGCGCGCACGCCCUUCUAUGCCGAGGGGGGCGGGCAGAUCGCCGACUGGGGGCACAUGCGCGUGCUGCAGGGGGGGGAUGGGGAGGGCGAGGGAGGGGUGGUGCGCGUGAGGGAUGUGCAGCGCGCGGGGGGAGGGCUGUGGCUGCACCGGGGGGAGGUGGAGGAGGGGGAGGUGUGUGUGGGCGAUGAGGUGGAGGCGGUGGUGGAUGAGGAGCAACGGCUGAGGGCGCAGGCGCACCACACGGCAACGCAUCUGCUGCAGGCGGCGCUGCGGGAGCAGUUGGGGCCGGACGUGGCACAGGCGGGCAGCCUGGUGGCGUUCGACCGCCUGCGCUUCGACUUCCACUUCCCGCGCGCCCUCUCGCCCCAAGAGCUCUCCGCCGUGGAGGCCCGCGUCAACCAGUGGAUCGCUGCUGGCGCUGACGUCACAUCGGCCGUCAUGCCCAUUGCUGACGCCAAGGCGGCUGGGGCGAUUGCCAUGUUUGGGGAGAAGUACGGCGACGAGGUGCGGGUGAUAGACGUGCCGGGCAUAAGCAUGGAGCUGUGUGGCGGCACGCACGUGGGCAACACGGCGCACAUCCGUGCCUUCAAGCUGCUCUCCGAGGCGGGCAUCGCAGCGGGUGUCAGGCGCAUAGAGGCCGUGGCAGGCGAGGCAGCCGUGGACCUGCUGCACCAGUGGGACGGCGUCGUCAAGGCGCUCUCCUCCUCCCUCAAGGUGAAGGCGGAGGAGGUGCCGGCGCGCGUGGCGGUGCUGCAGGAGGAGCUGCGGGCGGCGCGCAGCGAGGCGGAGAGCCUGCGGGGCGACCUGGCUGUGGCGCGCUCGCAGCUGCUGCUGGGCCAGGCCGAGACCGUGGGGGCCAUGGGGUGCCGCGUGUUGGUAGCGGAGCUGCCGGGGGUGACAGCAGACGCGCUCAAGACGGCCGCAGAGAGCCUGGCAGCUCAGCUGUCAGCGGGCGGUGAGGGUGGCAGCAGGGAGAGUGCCGUGGUGCUGGCGUCGGGCAGCAGGGACGAGGGCAAGGUGGCCAUCGUGGCUCUGCUCAGCCCCGCGGUGGUGAAGGCGGGGGUGAAUGCGGGCAAGCUGGCGGGCGCCAUGGCGCGUGUGUGUGGGGGAGGGGGAGGGGGGCGGCCCAACUUCGCGCAAGCAGGGGGCAGGCAGCCGGAGAAGCUGCCAGAGGCGCUGGCUGUGGGCAGGGCGGAGCUCAUGAAGCAGCUGGGGGCGUAG